CCUGUUGCCAACACGACGAACUAAAGUUUACUAAAGUUACCACAGAACAAACGUCAAAAUUAUGUCAGUUUAUUAUUGAGUUUUUGUAUAUUUGGGUUUCUGAUAUGCUUGUAUGUUUUAUAGUUUUAGAAAUUAUACCGGUGAAUUAAUGGUUAUUGGAAAUAUGUUAGAAAUGGAGGAGAAUCACUUUCCAAAAUCUAAUUUGCCUUUUGUUGAUACAAAAGCAUCUACUUUAAGUAAACAAGAUAAUGCCAUUUGGGGUAAAACGUCCCCCAGUAAAAGUUAUGGGUCCUCAAGUUCCACAUCCACUGAAAAUGUUGUCUCGACAUUAGAAAGAAAAAAUGCUACCUCUAGAGAAGUAAAUAACACAGACGAUCCUCCCCUAUUACCUGGAGAAAAAGUAGCCAGUCAGUCAAGAGAUGUGACUUAUUUAUGUCCAUAUGAUGGACCUUGUAGAGGGAUAUUAACAAUAACCAACUUUAAACUAUAUUUUCGACCUGUUGAUAAAGACACACCUAAUUUAAUUGAUGUGCCCUUGGGAGUGGUUUCAAGAAUUGAGAAGGUAGGUGGUGCCAGCUCUAGAGGGGAAAAUGCCUAUGGCAUUGAUAUUUUUUGCAAAGACAUGAGAAAUUUAAGAUUUGCUCAUAAGCAAGAAAACCAUUCUAGGCGAGAUGUUUUUGGACAUUUGCAGCAAUUUGCUUUUCCUUUGUCUCACAAGCUAAAGUUUUUUGCUUUUGAGUAUGCUGAAAAUUUUCCUGAAAAUGGGUGGUCUGUUUAUGAGCCAAUAGCAGAACUUAAAAGAAUGGGUGUAAACAAUGAUAUGUGGAAAAUAUCAAAAAUCAACGAUCAGUACGAUAUUUGCGACAGUUAUCCUGCAAUUUGGGCAGUGCCUGCCCAGGCCAAUGAUGACGAUAUAAAAUCAGUGGCAGCCUUUAGAAGUAGAGGUCGAGUGCCUGUUUUAAGUUGGAUUCAUACUGAAUCUCAGGCCACCAUUACUAGAUGCUCACAACCACUUGUUGGGGUAAGUGUUAAAAGAUGUAGAGAAGAUGAAAGAUAUAUCCAACUUAUAAUGGAUGCAAAUGCGCAGUCCCACAAAAUGUUCAUAAUGGACGCCAGACCUAGCGCCAAUGCGAUGGCAAAUAGAGCCAAGGGUGGGGGUUAUGAAUCCGAAGAUGCCUACCAAAAUGCAGAGUUGGUCUUUCUUGAUGUCCACAACAUCCAUGUAAUGAGGGAAUCUCUCAGAAAAUUAAAGGAACUUUGUUAUCCAAGUAUAGAUGAAACUAAGUGGCUUUCAGGUCUCGAAUCAACUUACUGGUUGAAGCAUAUUAAGUGUAUACUUACUGGUGCUGUUAGAAUUGUAGACAAGGUUGAAAACCAUAAAACCUCAGUAUUGGUACAUUGUUCUGAUGGGUGGGACAGAACUGCCCAACUCACAGCUCUAUCAAUGCUCUUGUUGGAUCCAUAUUAUAGAACUAUCAAAGGGUUUGAGGUUCUUAUUGAAAAGGAAUGGUUGUCGUUUGGGCACAAAUUCCAACAGAGAAUUGGUCACGGUGACGACCAUCAUUCGGAUGCUGACCGUUCCCCAGUCUUUUUGCAAUUCAUUGAUUGCGUUUGGCAAAUAACGCAGCAAUUUCCCAACGCUUUCGAAUUUAACGACUAUUUCCUCAUUACAAUUCUCGAUCAUUUAUACUCGUGCAGAUUCGGCACCUUUCUAUGCAACAGUGACAGAGAAAGAGUACAAGAAAAAGUCAAAGAACAAACGAUCUCUCUGUGGUCGUACACGAACAGCCAGCUCGAUUUAUACAAAAACCCGCUUUAUUACGACAACAACCAUCUGCAGAGGGUGCUGAUGCCGGUGGCGAGCAUUCGGCACAUAAAACUCUGGAAAGCGUACUACUGCAGAUGGAAUCUGAGUAUGCGGACGCAGGACCCGGUUUACCAGAGAAUCCGCGAGCUUCUUAAGCUGAAAAGCCAACUGGAACAACAAGUGGAAAUAUCAAAGAAAGAGCAGCAGUCCAGGAUUUCCAGAAGCAACGCCUCGCCUGCUUGAUGCCCAGUAGAUAUUCAAAUUACUUGAUUUGCUAUUGUAAUGUAAAUAACUAUUUAAAGUUGCUGACUAAUAAGUUUAUAUUGUAAAGUGUUGGUAUAACUGAAAAGAAAGUAUGCUGAACACAAGAAUUUAUUUUUAUUUAUGGUAUUUUGUAUUUAGUUUAUGUCAUGAGUGCUUUCAUUUUUAAUUUGUAAUAUUCCGGUCAACUAACUGAUUUGAAACAUAUUUUUAUUUAUUUUGCAGUAUUGUUUAUAAAAAAAACUAUAAAUAAAUUUUACCAAAGAA